AUGUCUUCAAGUGUGGAAUUGGGUGGAAAGUCAGUUCAACGUGGUCGAGCAUUCUUAAUGGAAGAGGAUAAAAAUCUAUGUAAUGCAUGGCUUGAAAUUUCUCAAGAUCCUAUGGAUCAGGCCAAAAUCCUAUUUGCACAACAUCCUGAAAAGAGGAAAGGAUUCCAAUAUGAUCAUGUAUGGCCCAUUCUUAAGGGAGCUGAGAAAUGGCUUGACAAUACUCCCAAAAAAAAUCCCCAACAAGGGUAUGAUUACUUUGAAGGAUUUCAAAAUGGAUCUCCUAUAUCUGUAUCCCUAGUAACACCAUCUUCCAUUGAUUUGAAUACAAAUGAAAAGACUGUAGCAGAGGUCGACCAUCACGUCAAUUCAUCGAGUCAUCCUAUAAAGAGGAAGAAAGAGAAGUUGAGAAUGAUGCAAAUAGCUAAUAAGAGUCAUCUCCUUGAAUCCAUUGUUGAAGGAAACCAAGAAAUCAUGGUGAAUUUAAAAUGA